AUGCCGCCAAUUCAAAACACAUGCACGCCGGGCCUGGGCAUCCGGCUGGACAAGAAACAUGACAGCUAUCGACCGGGUGACACCAUCGUCGGCUGGGUCUAUCGCGAAUCCCCCGUGGUCUGCCCCGACGCAGCCGUCAAGGUCUCCCUCCACGGAGCCACCCGCACGCGCAUGAGAUCGGGCGUGCGCUGGGCCGAUACAUAUCAGGGUCAUUUCACAAUAAUUGAAGCAGACAAGAACAAGCAGGAGCUUUUCCGCGGACCGCUUCAUAUUGACGCGGCUUCCAGCUGGCAGGAGUGGCGCUUCGCAUUCACGCUGCCCACCCAUAUUGAUUUGAGCUGGUUCGCAAAUAGCAAGCACGCUCGCGAGUUUUUCAUGCCUGUCUCCGGGAGUAGUGUCGGCGUCGAGCCAUUGCCCGCGAGUUUCCAGAAGCUCGAAGAUGGGGAAUACAACGAAGGGAUUGUCGAGUACUAUCUUCGAGCCAGCUUGGAACUCCGUAGCAAGGACCACCCUGAUGCUCAAGACGCGUUAUUACCCAUCAGGAUUCUGCCGUCUCUACCGGAGAAGGUACCUUCUUUCGAAGACAGCUUGCAACUCAAUAGAGAGCCGGUACCGUUCCACGUCCCGAAUUUCACCUUGGGAACAAAACCGCAUCUCUCAAAGUCUCAGAAGGUGAAGAACCUACUGAAGUCAUCGUCUGCAUCGCAGUCCACGCACGAAAUCCAUACAUGGGUCCCGACCGUUCUCCAAGUCAACGACCCCAGGCCCUUAGGAUUCUUGCUGCACGUAACACCGACGGGGGAGAAUGCGUCUGAACUGAUCGAGAAACUGGCGCCCACAGUUCGACUGAAGCGCGUCGAGGUGCAAAUCGAGUCACUGACUGGUAUCAAAGCUGAAACAACAUAUGGCAGUAUCGACGAUGGCUGGAAGAGCACUAAAGAUCUGACCAAGCACAUUCCGCCAUCCUUCUUCUCUGACAUUGUGAUUCCUUCAACGGAAGAUCUUCCCCCUAUUGACCUGGGGCAGAUGAUGGACAUCCACCUCCCCUCGCCCGAUAUGCCCGACGCACUGUCUCCCAGCUUUUCCAUUUGUAAUAUCAAGGUUGAGCAUACUAUAUACUGGCAAGUCGACUACGAAAUCGCAGGGAGGCCCUGCAAGGCGCGUGGGUCACAACGUCUACUCGUUCUACCAUCGGCAGAUGCAUGCCAUCCACCAGCCGGGAGUCAGGAAGGCUCGGGCGAACAACUGCCAUCAUACCAUUGGAAGUCCGCGGCGGCAACACAAGUGUAUUCAAAAAAAUAA